AUGCAGAACUCGAUGCAUCAGAGGAAGAAGAAUUCCCCACAAGCAGACCCAAAUCUAAAGGACAUUUGCAAUACCGUUCCAGAAUUUAACAAUUUUGGAAGUUGUUGGUUGUCACAGCUGGAAACAUGCCAGUCCUAUUUAAAUAUUGAAUUCAUCAUUCGAGAACGGAAGUUGACACUCUCAUUCACAACACAAACCCCAGUCUUCGAUUUUGGAAAGGCUUACGCUGUCGUUUUGCUGACGCAUCAUUUGUCAGCCAUUAUAACCCGAACCCGAAUCUGUCCGAGUUCGUCCGAGUUGAUCAGGAAAAUCAAAGCGAAGCCCGGAAGAACAGAAAACGAAUUCCUACUUCAGAGUGUGAAAGAGAACACUGCGAUACGACAUCGUUGCGUUGUGAACCUGUGCUUCGCUUUUGCAUUUGGUACAAGAAGAAGAAGAUGCUCCGAAAGCGUGGCGGGAAAUCGGAGACAGGGAAGCGGGCAAGCUCCGCCCAAAUUUGUUCUCGAAUCGAAUCAAGUCGACCCGGAUCCAAACGCUCCUACUCUCCAAUCACAAAGACAUCAUCUCCCCUCACCGCGGCUCCGUCAACUCUCUCCAGCUCGAUUUGACGGAGGGCCGGUACCUGUUAUACGGCGCCUCCAUGCUUCCGCUGCCGUGGUCGAUGUCCAGCGCGGGACCGAUUACUUAGGCAACGGAGUUAUCACGAGGCACAAAUGCCUGUUUGCGGUGGAUAAGCAGCACGAGCACGGGCAUAAGUUCGCGGUGUGGUAUCCCGUCGACACCGGACUGUUUGUGACGGGGUCGUACGAUCAUCACAUCAAUGUUUGGGAUACGAAUACGACGCAGGUGCUGAUGGACUUCAAGAUGCCGGGGAAGGUGUACGGAACUGCAAUGUCGCCGUUGGCAACUUCUCACAUGCUCGUUGCUGCCGGAACCGAAGAUGUUCAAGUCCGCCUCUGUGAUAUUACCUCUCUGGGGCUAUUGCUCACACCUUGUCUGGCCACCGCGGGUGGACAAUCACGAAUGUUGGAUGAUUGUGGAAUGGUCUACUCCUAGCCAGUGGGUUUUGCUUACAGGUGAAUGUGAUGCUGCAAUACCUCUUUGGGACAUUAGGGGUGCCGGAUGUUUUCUUGUUUUGGAUCAAUCUCAGUCUCAGCUUGUAUGGGAGACGUCCACCCAUCCUGGAACGCUCUGCCAUAAUUAAGGUUUUCUGUUUUUAUUGGCUGAGCCAAAAGCGAUUGUUUUCAAAUUACUCAUCCCGUAUGUAUGUGUAUUAUUUUUCUAAUAGAGAUGAAACCCAUAAGUAUUGGUGGUUCCUACCAAAUAGGUUAAUUUGUCACUUUACUCGCGCCCCAUGUGAAAGUGUUUUAAUCAAUUUAAAAGUAUUCUAAAA